AAAAUCUUUAAAAAAAAAGGUAUAAAAAAAGGAUUGUAGAUCUCUUUAACUUUAUUUGUUUUUACCCUUUCUUUUUUCUCUCUCUCUCUUAUAAUGCCUUUAUCAGCAAAGACUAAAAUAAUUUGGGGAUUUAUGCUCGAAAAUACACUUUUUACACCAUUUGAAGAACAUAAUCACACUAUAAUAGAGAAAGCUUAUCGUGAACGUAAAAGGAAACCAUCGAGUCAUUCUAUCAAUAUUAUAGAUGGCAAUCUUCCAAAGCCUUGUAAAGCUAAAGUUUACUUUGGUGUUGCUCAAAACCAUCUUCAUCUCCAGCAUUAACAAAACAUAGUGUCUCUCCUCGUCUUUCUAGUUGUAGUCAACAAACACUCUCUCCUAUCUCAUCCGAUUGUUCUUCCAUCAUGUCUUCUCUAGAGCCCUCUUCCUAUAGUAAUGAUUCACACUUAGCUACUACUACUACUACUACUACUACUACUCCUCUUUUAAUGAAUGAUACAAGUCCUUCAAUGAUGACUUGUAAUAGUACUCCUUCUAAUCAACUAUGGUAUAAUUCAAUUCUAUUCGAUGAAAAUAAUAAUAGAUUUGACUAUUUUUCAUCUUUACCUUUUACGGAAGAGAGUCUCCUUUCAACUACUUCUCAUCCCUAUUAUGAUCAAAAAGAAGAAGAUGUGUAUCAUUCUACUCAUAAUCAGGAUGACUUUACAGCCACCAAUGACAGUUAUCGAUACUCCCAUCCUACUACUAUCACUACUAAUACUUAUUACUCGCGUGAUAAAAUGGGUCACUUGAAUCAUGACAUAUAUAGUUGGCAUGAACCCAGUUCGACAAUAUCACAUCUAGACCCUUCUCCUCCUCCUCCUCCUCCUCCUACUAAUGAAGCCGUUUUAAUGGAUACAAAAUGGCUUGAUGAAUUCUUAUAUAAUAUUCACACUGUUUCAUGGCCUCAUAUCUUACCUUCAACAAUUGAACCAUACAAGAUAAAUAAUAUCUAUCAUGACUGUGCAACUCAUUUUUUCCCUGACAAUCACUUUGGUUAUCCUUAAAAAAAAAAGAAGUGACGUUUUUCUUUUUAUUUGUUUGUAUAUUUAUUUAGAC